AUGGCGAAGUUCGAGUCGACUGUUGCAAUACGGGAGCUUGUGCUUGGAGGAGAAGCCGCAAUGUGGGGAGAGUUUGUGGAUGCUACAAAUCUCAUACCACGUCUUUGGCCUCGCGCUUCAGCUGUAGCAGAAAGACUUUGGUCAGACCCUAGUGCGACUUAUUCUGCUGAUGCAGCUUGGCCUCGCCUUCACGAGUUCCGCUGUCGAAUGAUGAAUCGUGGAUUCCAGACGGAACCUCCAAAUAAUCCCGAUUAUUGUCCUUUCGAGUGGGAUCCGAAAUACACUGAACUUUAA